AUGGCUGGGGACGACGGUACUUCGAUCACGACUUUGGACGAGGGUACUUCGAUCAGGGCUGGGGACGAGGGUUCUUCGAUCGUGGCUGGGGACGAGGGUUCUUCGAUCACGACUUGGGACGAGGGUACUUCUAUCAGGGCUGGGGACGAGGGUACUAUGGCUGGGAACGAGGGUUCUUCGAUCGUGGCUGGGGACGAGGGUUCUUCGAUCACGACUUGGGACGAGGGUACUUCGAUCAGGGCUGGGGACGAGGGUACUAUGUCUGGGGACGAGGGUUCUUCGAUCGUGGCUGGGGACGAGGGUUCUUCGAUCACGACUUGGGACGAGGGUACUUCGAUCAGGGCUGGGGACGAGGGGACUAGGGCUGGGGACGAGGGGACUAUGGCUGGGGACGAGG